CCUAUGUGCCUGUGUAAGGGGUUGGGUCAGAGGAGCAUUACACACUCUGGUUGCCUUAGGCUGACCUAGGUUUGAGUCAGCAGCUGAGUAUCAGCCAAUGUCAUAUGUGCACAAGUACAGCUAAUAAAGCCUCAAAGUUAACUGCAGAGCAACUUUCAGUUGGUCUCAACGAUUGAGGUCCUUAUAAUGGAAAAGGUCAGCGGAGAAUACAUUUCUUCUGGCAACUGCAGAUGUUUAUUACACUUGUUUAUUCUCGCACAGCCUUCUAUAGCUUAUUUUCUUGGUGUGUUUCUCACUCAGAAUACUCAGCUGCCUCAUUACCCAGCCACACAUGUGCAAUAUGUCCAGGCCUCCAAACCUCUCCUAUAUCUGCUAGCGACAAGCUUCUGCCUGGAUCUGUAGUCCAAGUUGAUGGGAGCUCAUCAGCCGAGGUCCUUUCGACAACAAACGUGGCUGCUCUGCACAAGAGAAUUGCAGAACUGGAGGAUAAGCUGCAAAGCCACAAACGAAGACUGUCUGUUUGUCAGCGACAGAAAAAUGCUGCAGUACAAGAGAAGAACCUCCUCAAGAGACGGGUUGAUCAGUUUUUAGGAACUGACCAGCUGCAAUGCAUGGAGAGGCCUACGAUGCGUGGCACGCCAUGGUCAACGCCUACUAUAGAGAAGGGGCUGAAGAUCAGGCUCACAUGCGGACGUAGGGGUUACAACAUCGUUCAAGAGAUUGGGACGCCACUGCCAUCGGAACGAACGCUUCAGAGGCACCUAGAAAACUUCAAGUUUUCACCUGGCAUACUUCAUGAAAUCCUACCGUCUCUUUCCAUCAAAGUGGACCUCAUGGAGGACUACGAGCGGCACGCCGUCCUGUUAUUGGAUGAAAUGCAACUUGCAUCGGGGCUCGCCUAUGACCAAGGAACUGGAGGAGUGAUUGGGAAACCAACCAUUCCCUUAUCAGAUGGGACCCUCCCAGAGGAUGCAAUGGCUACACAUGGUCUGGUUUUUAUGCUCGCUGGAGUGACCACCCGCUGGAAACAAACGGUGGCAUAUCAUUUUACAUCAAAUUCCUUUUGCAGUGCUACCGUGAAAGCUGUAGUUAUUGACAUUAUAAAAAAAUGUGAAGACAUUGGAAUAAAAAUAGAUGCAGUAGUCUGCGACAUGGGUGGUGGCAAUCAAGCACUUUGGAAAGAAUUUGGGAUUGUUGUUGGAAGAUACUGCCACAACAAAAUGGGUGGUUUUCCCUCGUUCAUCCCCCGGCUGAUCACUCCAUCUCUUGCGGAAGACUGCACAGGAAGGUCUUCCUGUGGGACCCUAGCUCUCUGGGUGGUUUGUACACGUACGCAUAGGCGCGAAUGUAUCAUCACUGGCGCGCAUCUACGCGCAGAGACGACGACGCCGUCCACGACGACCAAGACGACCCCGGUGCCCACCAAGCGGCCGGAGGCGUUCAUCUUCUGCACCGUCAGUGCUUUCUCGGAGUCAGGAACGCACGAAGUCUUCCAGAGCCACUUUUGCGACUACUUCGUCUACACGCACGUCCUCCCCUACCAGAACGACAUACUGGCCUACGACAGUAACCAGAGCUGGGAGCGAUUCAAGAAGAGCGCAACCGCCUACAGGGAUAAGCUCGACUACACCGGCUUCCCGAACGUGACCAACACGAGCACGGUCAAGUUGCACCACUACGGGUACAGCUUCGCGGCCGACGACCUCACCUGGCUAAAGUCGCAGCUGAGCAGCGUCUCCGCAAAGGUCAAGCAGCUGCACCAGGAGAACGGCUUACUCACGGCCGGCCUGGCCUACUACCAGCGCGCCAACGUCGCUAAGGAUACCAAUCUCGGCAUCAUCAAGAACAUCAUCACUAGUAUUGACGGAAUGCUAGACAAGGCGCAAGACAAAAACACGACCAUCCUGAAGACCACCUUCCUGGCAGUUAAAUUGAACGGCCUGACUGCGAGCGCGCCGAACGACGUCGCCGCAUUGCAAGAGCUCAAGGGCGUCGCGUGA